CAAAUUUGGCGCCAAGUGCAAAUGUUUUGUUUUUAUGCCAUUUAUAUAUUUAUAUUUUUAUAAUUUGAAUUAUAUAAGUAAAUAAUUUAGAUAAAUCAGUAAUCAUGAUUGACAAUGAGACAAACAGACCAGAUUACUUAUUGUCGUGUCCUGUCGGUGGGGAGGAUGGUGGAUCUGAUGAUGUCAUCGAGAGGUCGGCAUGUUUGUAUGAAAAUAAAUCUGGAAGGUUUUUGUUAAAGGAAAGAAAUUUUGAUAGACAGUACGCUCAUCUUUAUGCAGUGAGAUUGAUGGAAAUGCGGAAGACGGUCGCUGUUGCUGCCAGACGCAAAUGGGGUGGGUAUGGUAAUAUGGUAUUAACGAGAGGUCGUUUGGACGGAAAGUGCAUUCUGCUGUAGAACCUCACGUUCAUGUAUGUGGCAUUAGUUGAAACCCAACAUCUCAAUCAUGAAAAUGAGGCUCUACGGCAAAUACGAUGUACUUUCAAGAAGGGUAGGGUGGAUUGACGAGUAGAGACUUAUAUAUAGCUUGGUAUGUAUGUUAGGGGUGGUCCAUGGGCAAGGUAUGUUAGGGUGUUAGGGGUUUUCCAGGGACGAAAAAAUAUCUUCCUUUUUCAACAGUUUUAAUACAUAGUAACAUAGAAGCUGUAUGGUUUUUUUUUGGGGAGGGGGAGCUGCAUGCCACCCUCUCAUAUACUUGCUGAAUAACACUGUCAUAUGAAUAACACCAUCUUAUGCCUGUAAAGAAUACCAUCAUAUGCCUGUGAACAACACCAUCAUGAAUAGCACCAUCUAUGCCUAUGAAUAACACCAUCAUAUGCAUGUUAUACACCUGAUGGUAUGAUGUUAUUUUUACAUAAAAUAUAUGCAUCAACUAUGUAGGUAAUUCAAUCAAUAUAAGGAGAACAGUUGACCUGAAAAUUGGAGAAAAAUGUUGCGUGAUUGGAACGCUGUUCAAAAAGAUGGAGUUAAAACCUGUUAUAUUGAAAGAACUGAGUGUUGAGGUAUUGUCUAUGGUUUGUUGCGAGUUUAUCUCAUUCUCAAAUUUUUAUUUUUGGUUGUAAUAUGCCAUCCAAUCCAGGUCAUACAUGGUUUUCAAUACUGUGAUUUGACACUAUGGUUUUUAAUAAUUCUAGAACAACCUGAUGCCCCAGCCUCCCAGGGUAAAAUAUAUCAAUGAAAAUGAUGAAUUAAUUCUUGAAGAUGAAAAUCAGAGAGUGAGGCUUGUUGGAGAAAUACCCAUUGAUAAACUCAUUACAGGUUCAACAUUAAACCUUACUAUAUGUACACUGGCUACAUACUCUGCAUACCUGGUUUGUUCACCUUUGGGAAACAUGGCUAAGAAACAGUGUUUACUGGUUUUCCCACCUUCAGAAAACAUGGCUAAGAAACAAUGUUUCUUCCUGGUUUGCCCACCUUUGGGAAACAUGGCUAGGAAACAAUGUUUCAUGGUUUGCCAACCUUUGGGAAACAUGGCUAGGAAACAAUGUUUCCUGGUUUGACCACCUUUGGGAAACAUGGCUAGGAAACAAUGUUUCCUGGUUUGCCAACCUUUGGGAAACAUGGCUAGGAAACAAUGUUUCCUGGUUUGCCCUGCCACCUUUGGGAAACAUAUAUAGCUAGGAAACAAUGUUUCCUGGUUUGCCCACCUUUGGGGAACAUAUAUGGCUAGGAAACACUGUUUACUGAUUUGUCUGUCCCUACAGUCUUCUAUAACUCGAUGUCCUUUAACUAUUUUGUGAAUAUCCAGGUGUGAUUGCCGCUGUACUGGGCAGUGAAGACGAGGAGGGAAGGUUUCAGGUUGAAGACUAUUGUCUGAGUGGAUUACCUUUUCAAGAAAAACUCAAACUAGAUCAAAUGUUAUUAGAUGGCGAAGAUAGGUGCGUUCAACUCCAGUGAACAAUCUAAGUCAGGGCUUUCAAAAUAAGGCUGGCAGGCGCUGUAGCUCCAGCGGGUGCCACGAGGUUUACCGCAGGUCAUUUUGUUCAGAACUUGAAAUAUCAAUUCUGCUCUCCUUCCUCCAUUCUAAGCUUUCGAACAAAGUUAUUUUUCCUCAACCUCGUCUACUUUAUAGCCUGGUUAUUUUCGAAAACGACGUAAUAUUUCGUAAAACUGAUUUAGUUAUUUGCCAUCUUAAAUCUUCAAGUUAUCUUGUUGAAGAAUGAAAGUAGUGAUACAUUAUAAUUUGGUUCCAGAACUCAGUUGUUCCCCUGGACCGCUCCUCACAGCCACCGAGAGUAAUUCUGAAAGCCCUGGAUCUGUUCCUAGAGGCUAUUCUAGUUGGUUCAUCUUGUGUGUUUUUCCCAAAUGAUCUUCCGGACGGAUGACGCAUUCUUUUCUACGUUUCUUACCUAUAGAUAUGUCGCCCUUGUAAGUGGUCUAAAUUUUGGAGAGGAAAAUCACGAUUGUUUACAACUUCAAAUGUUUAUUGAUUUACUGACUGGACAGCUUGGCAGUAUUCAGGUGAACGCUGAUAACUCUUUUCCGUAAGCCCUUAUGUGAUCACAGUCGGAAUUUUGCAUGGGUAAAUUUUUGUAAAAAGUAAAAGUUUUGAAAGAUUUGUAAGAAAUGUUUGAGGAAACUGACUCAGUGAGCCACAGCGAGUCAGUUCCCUCAGACGUAUCCUACAAAUCCUUCAAAUCUUCGAAUUCACAUAUGCGAAAUUCCUACUGAGUACUGUGAUCACAGAAACUUUGAUAGUGUAAACGAGGCUCGACGCUUGUCUUGAAUGUGCAGUGUUGCAAUUUUAUCAUUUUCUUGUAAAGGAUCAAAAUAAUUACGCCAAAGUAGUUCGAGUUGUGAUUGCUGGGAACUCGCUGAGUUCGUCGACAAGGAACAAACAAAAUGAAGCCAAGGCGAAAUACCUGACUCGCAACGCGCAGGCUCAGAGUGUUGACGCGAUGAAGAACUUGGAUGAAUGUUUAGCGCAGUUGGCAGUAAGUAGGAUCCAGUCAUGUGGUCUAGUGGUAUGAUCUCAUUGACUUUUAUUCAUAUACAGAAGUAUACGGACGUAAAAAUCUCUAAAGGCCAGUUUACACGGGCGAUUUUGCUGCGAUUUUAGUUGCGAUUUUCUUCUUUUGAAGGAUGCGUAGAUUACUUAAUGUUGUUGUUAUGACAUUUAAUAACCUGGAACAUUUAGAACUCAUCCACUCCUUCACAUCCUCCAAAACGAGAAAAUCGCAACUAAAAUCGCAACAAAAUCGCCCGUGUAAACGGGCCUUAAAGAUGUGUUCGCAACAGGCUUGUAGCAAGCUUGUCAACAAAGUUGUAACAAUGCUGUUAUUUUUUCAAGUUGCUACAAGGUUGUCACUCACAUAAACACAUACGAAUGCCUUUUCCGAAACGUGAGAAUGUGCGAUUAUUUCUAGUGCGUAACCAUUUCUAUUUUCAGGCAUGCAUUCCAGUUGAUAUAAUGCCGGGAGAAUUUGAUCCAUGUAACUAUGUAUGGCCACAACAACCUCUUCAUGCCUGUAUGUUUCCUCAAGCAAGCCAAUAUUCAACUUUCAAGAAUGUUACUAACCCUUAUGAUGCUGUUGUCGCAGGAGUAAGGUACUGUAUCAUGUCCUUUGGCAGCCAGGAGCGCAGAGGAAAGAGUCUGGGUACGAGGUUGUUGGUUAGUUAGCUUUCAAGUCCCCCCCGAAAGUAUCAGGCCUGUACUCUUAUGGUCAAAGUAACAUAAUCUAAAACGGUUUCUUUCCCUCAUAGGCUCCUGGGUACAGAUGGUCGGAAUAUCAACGACAUUUACAGAUUCACAGGUCAAAACAGCAGAAUGGAUAUUGUCAAACUGUCUUUAGAAAGCGGUCAUAUCGCUCCUACAGCACCAGAUACCCUUGGUGAGAACCAAAGCUUCAUUCUGGUUAAAUUUGGAAAUGUUGAGAACACUAAUUGCUUGGUAGACAGUCAAGCUAUUUUCAUCUGUUUGGAAACUCUGAAUUAAUAACUUCAUGUUUGAACUUAUUUUCAGGCAGCUAUCCCUAUUAUGAUAAAGAUCCUUUUGUACUAAAAGAAUGUCCUCAUGUCUACUUUGUUGGAAAUCAACCCGAGUUUGCACAAGAUAGUAUUGAAGGUUAGUGUUCUAGCACUUGUGGUCAGCACGCUUGCAAGCUGGGAGAGCCGGGUUCAAUCCUUGUUCGGACCUCUACUCAAGCUCUUAAAAUAAUUGAGGAGAAAGAGCUACCUUUACAUUGACAUCAGGAAAUGGUUAGACUUUCGCGUCUUCUCGGAUAAGGACGUUAAAUCGUAGGUACCUCGGGUAACUGGUCAUUUCGUCCCCUUGCCGUUUCGUCCCCUUGCCGUUUCGUCCCCUUGCCGUUUCGUCCCCUUGCCGUUUCGUCCCCUUGCCGUUUCGUCCCCUUGCCGUUUCGUCCCCUUGUAGUUUCGUCCCCUACACGUUUCGUCCCCAGACUAGAUACUGUUUUAUCUAUAACCUACUUCCUUAAUAUAGUAUAUCUUACUUUUUGAGAUUGUAUCUCAUUGGAUUGUAUGCCUGGAUAAUACACAUUUUUGUAUUUAAAUUCCGAAACUUGACUACUAUAGUGACACUUGACUUUACUUUAUUUUAAUUGCAACUGAAUCUGAGGAAAACUAGACCAAUGGCUGACGUCGUCAGUUCGCCGAGGGAGGACUGGAUUAAAAACUGUGUUUUUGUCAGUUUGUGGUAAUCUUCAACAUAUAGGACAAAAACGAGCGCUAUGAUUCAAAAUGCCGCCAAAAUUAGUCCUACCAAUUUUCGGGUGACGUCCGUGUUGGGGACGAAAGCACUAAGGGCCCACAGUAAUUGGUAACAUAUACUGUUGUGGUGACCCUGCCAUGAAUGCAUGCAUGAUAAUGGCGAAGUUAAAUAAAUAAAUAACUAGAGACGAAACGUGAAGGGGACGAAACGGCAAGGGGACGAAACGACCAUAAAGCGUACCUCGGAUCUCCUAUCAAUUGGACAAUAGCCCGUUGGGAAAUCCGCUCACGAAUGAGUGAGGAAUUCAAUAAAGUGUAACAAGUAAUGUGAAACUCCCCAACUGAAUUUAAAAUAUAAUCCAGACCCAAAGUUGGUACAAAGUUAUUCCAAUAAUUGUAUCAUAUUUCUAGGAAGUGCUGGUCAAAAAGUAGCAAUUAUAAUGGUGCCAAGUUUCACUCAGUCAGGCUGUUGUGUGUUACUGAACUUGAGAACUUUAGAAUGUCAGCCUAUCAUGUUUUCAUCAAGCUUGGAACAUGGUAAUAGCGUGGAGGAGAUGGAAACUUAGAAAUAUCGUUUUUAAGAAAUAAAAAUAAUUAAAAAUCCUUUUUCAAAAGUCAAGAUGUAGAAGUGUGUGAACUAUAACUUAUUAUAACGUAUUAUAAUGUAUUAUCAUUUAUAUUCAAACAAAGCUACCAAUUACUGGUACAUAGAAUACAAAACAUGAACUUUUACUAGUUAUAACGGAUUAAAAUUCGAUGUCCUAACAAAUUUUAAUCAAUUAUAAUUCUAAUUUUUAAUCUAGUCUCUCUGCAAAUUUAAUAUGUUUUGUUUUCUAUGUAUUGGUAGCCCUGUUUGAAUAAAGUUUGUUUGUUUAUCACGUCAACAGACUUGCUAGAUUGUUCUUCUGGUGCAACACCAUUUUCAUUUAAUAUGAAAUUUAAUGAGGGAAUUAACAGAGAGUUAGGUUUACUGUUUCCUCAAAAAACAUCGUCUUGCAAGUCACGUUAUCUUGCAUGCUAAAUUAAGAACUGAAUUCCAUACAUUUUCACAAUAUAAUAAAGUAAUGAAGUUGCAAUAUAAUAAGUGAAUAUUUCUUUCUAUUAUUCAAAUUUAUCUUUAUACUUUAUGGUGGUGGUUAAUUUUUGGCAAAUGGUAAUAAUUUAUAAGUUUAUAAAGUCUUAAAAAGUACAAAAUUAAUAUGUACAUUCUCUAUGUUUAGUUAUGUACAUUUUUACAAUGUGUGUAGUUUGUAUUCACAAUGAAUAAUGAAGGCCUGUUUGAACCAGCAUUGUCCAAUUUUGUUGAUCCAUCAACAACACUGGAUGGUGUUUUCUGGGACAACGAUACUUGACUAGUUUGUGCUGGCCAAUAUCAUGUGCUUUGCAGUGAUGUAUAUUAUUUCUUCAGCAUGACUAAUUAUAACCCUGAUUUACACUAUCAAAGUUUCUGUGAUCACAGUAGGAAUUUUGCAUUUUAACAGUGAUUCGGUUCCCUCAAAUAUUUCUUACAAAUCCUUCAAAACUUAGAAUUUACCGAUGCAAAAUUCCUGUUGUGAUCACAGAAACUUUGAUAGUGUAAACCAGGUUAUUGAUGCAUCUUUGUGUUUGAUACAAUAAUCUUGUAUACCCCUAGGAUAUCUUACAGUACACUACAUACCAUACACAUCAGGCAACACAGCAACCCCUGCCGCAGCUCGGCAUGUCUCCAUCUGCAAUACCUCCUCCCAUUUGUUAUUUUUGGGGUCAAAUAUUUCAACUGUACUCAAGUAGGAGGGACCAUCAAUCCCCCCGAUUGCAUAGAGCUGGCUCCCGUAGUUUACCAUACAUACCCCAUCCCGACAAGAGUUCAUUGCCGCGACCUCUUGCCAAGCAUUCAUUCGAGGUUCAAACAUCUCCACUAAACUUAAUCUGGAAAUCCCAUCAAAGCCACCUUCA